UAUAGAUUAACUUUGUCCGAAAACUCAACAUUUUGAAAAACCAUUUACCAAGCAUCAUCUUCAUUCCUCCCUUCUAUUUUCUCUCGGAAUUUGAUUCAGAAAAAAUGGUGGAUCGAGACCGGGAUUGGGAUUUUCAUCUCAGAACCUUAUCCAACAGUGCUAGAGACUCGAAUGUCGCCAACGAUCCCGCUUCCGAUCCCAAUAUCCUUCAUUCAGUUAAAAAACUAUAUGAAUUGUGCAAAGCUGAGAAUUCUGAGGAUUUGGUGGCUCGGGUUUAUCCUCAGUUUAACAAGAUUUUUCAGCGUUCAGUGUUGUCCCUAUCUCAAUCUAGAACCUCAAAUGGUCUCCUCUUACUGGCGAUUCUUCAAUUUUUCAUUGAUUUUGGUGAAGUAGUCUUACAUGAUGCCGAUCCCAGUCUGAAGACAUUUUUCCGUUCAUGUUUGAGCCGUGAGUUUGCAGAUCCAAUUGUUGCAGAAGCAGUUUUAGAAUUUCUGAAUGCAAAUCAGAAUAAAUUUCUUACUUCUUUUCCUACACUUCUGCCACAGUUCUUUCCAUUACUGCUAAAGCUGAUUGCAUGGAAUGGAGAAAAAUUAGAGAAACCAUUUUUGAAAAUCUUUCCAGCAUUGAUUUCUCCUGGGUCUUUUCUUCCGCUGUUUCCAUCUCUCAUGGAUUUCCCUAUAUUGGUAGUUGCAUUGGAAAGGGUAGAACGUUGUUCUGGAUCACUAGUUGGAAAUAGCAUUGCUUCAAUCCAGAAGAGUAAAGCACCUGAGAUGCUACUUGCACUCAUGGAUGAGGCUUACACUGGUUCAACCAUUGGGGAUGGAGGAGGAGACUCUGAAUCUGAGGAUAGCAACACAUUAGAUGUUGCUGAUCCUCUCUUCCUCGAACUUUUAAAGGAUGAAAAUGAUGGUCUUUCGGAACGACAUUGGAAUUCUCCUGGGAUGACUGCAGUAAUUCAGGCUGCAUUAAAUACUGCUCAAUCUGAUAGGCUGAAACAAUUGCUGAACAUGACACCUCGGAUUCUUGAUGUCUACUUUUCCGUGGCACUGCAAGUGGUUAACGAUUCAUUAAUCUGUGCGUUGAUUCCUUUGCUUAUGUCAAGAAACUCAAUAUUGUUUCCCAACAAAGAUUUCUGCUAUAAGGUUCGUAAGAGGCUCCUAGAAUUUAUGCUUGCUGCAUUUCAGCGGUCGCCUGCCUUCAUUGCGCUUCUCAAGAAGCCUAUAAUGGACCGUCUUGGAGAAGCUUAUGAGAAUCCUGCCAAGACCGAACUGGCAUUGCAAUUGUGUUGGGCAAUUGGAGAACAUGGCGGGGGUGGCAGAUGUCACAAAGAUGCAGCACGUGAACUUUUUGAAAGCUUAGAGUUGCUUUUAUAUGAAAAUCUUUUAUCUAGUCGUUUAGGUUUGAGACAGGACUCGGGUGAUAAUUCCAGUGGUGAAAGUUUCAGAAGGUCAUCGCAGUCAAGGCUUUUAUGUUUUGUUAUUACUGCAAUUGCAAAACUUGCCACAUACCACCGCGAAUUACUACCGAGAGCGCGAGUCUCACUGGGAAAGGUAGCUCGAUCUCGAACCUCAGAUUCCAGGGUCUGGACUCGGGCUCACGAUUAUUUAGGACUAUUGAGUGACCCUGGAGUUUCUUUGUCCAUUUUGGGGCCUUCAAAACCUGCCAGUGAAGAUGCACACAACCCAGGCACUGUCGACUGGAGUCAAGGCAGAAAUAAGAUGGUUGCACACAUUCCAUUUUACAUUCUCCGCGAACAAGAAGGUCCUCCUUUCCAUGAUUUCUCAUUUUCAGAUAUUCUUCCAAGGAGAUGAUGAACCCUGAGGUAGCAUAGGGCAAUAAUUUCUCAUUUUCAAGUUUUUACUCCUCUCAAUAUCGUCAUCGGUCUGAAUGUUCGUGAUCAGCACUCCUCAAGCUACCGAACAAUUCAUCACCGAGUAGUUCACCUUGAGGUUUUGUGCCUUGUGGGAUGUUCAAAGUUGAGCUUUCACAUCAGAAAUUGCUCAGAGUUUUUCUCCCUUUUAAUUUAAAUUCCAUUCUCCCCACUGAUCAAGGAAAAGGGGUGAAACAUAUUUGUAAAUUAUUACACAAACAGCUUGAAAGUUGAAAGCCACCUAUUUCAUGCUAUAUUUGGCUGACACCUUCAGAAUAUAGCAGUACUUGUCCUAAGAUCUGAAAGAACAUGUUUUCAUACCAAUUACCAAAUAUGGCAAUGGCAAUUAUUACAGUUUCUUAUUCAAAA